GGCUUGCUCAGUACUUAGUACUACAACAGUCAGCAAAAUGGUUUCCGACUUCAGAAAGAAGAAGUUCCUGCACGUGUUCCACGCGUUCUUCGACACCGACAAGAGCGGGUCCAUCGAGAAGGCCGACUUCGACCUCGCCAUCGAGAGGAUCACCAAGUCCCGAGGCUGGGCCGCCGGAGAUGCCAAGUUCAAGUGGACGCAGGAGUCCCUCCUGAAGAUCUGGGAAGGGCUUCAGAGCCGCGCCGACGCCGACAACGACGGCCAGAUCUCGCAGGACGAGUGGGUCGCCAUUUGGGACAACUUCGCGAAGAACCCCGCCAGCGCCGCUGAGUGGCAGAACCUGUACUGCAAGUUCGCCUUCGACCUGGAGGACGCCAGCAACGACGGCUCCAUCAACAGCGAGGAGUUUUCCUCCGUGUUCGUGUCCUUCGGGCUCAACAAGGACGACGCCGUCGCUGCCUUCAACAAGAUGGCCGCCGGCAAGGCCGAGGUGUCCUGGCCGGAGUUCCAGGCGCUCUGGAAGGAAUACUUCACGACGGAGGAUGUCAACGCCCCCGGAAACUUUAUCUUCGGCAAAACUAGCUUUUAAUUUUGAAUUUAGAUAAUAUCGGCGUAUUUAUUUGGACUGUUUUCCUCUUUGAUAAGUUAAUUAAUGUUUAAGUAUCUAUGUAUUUAUUGUAAGUAGAAAAUAAAUUACUAUCAAUA